AUGCGAGAAAUCUUCGAUUCAAAAGUGGACUGGAAAACUCCGCUCGAUCAAAAGAUAUGCGACGAAUGGUACAAAUUGUGUAAAGAAGUAGAUCUAGCAACAUUAUCAAUUCCUAGGUACGUACUAUCACCCAGAGUAGGUGACCAAAAACGUUUUGGUUGUUCGCAGAUGCAAGCAGGAUUGCAAUCACGAUGUGUCCCCUCUGGCACAAUUCCCGGCCCCCCGGCCCCCUUUGCUGCGCGGCAAAGGAGCCGAUCAAUCGUCAACCGAUCCCUCGAUCAGCUGACGAUAACACGAUCAACCAAAAUUGGAUUGAGUUGGCUUACCGAUCAAACAGCUGCCACUGUACCCAAUCCUCUGGUCCUCUCGAGUCGCCCGCUUGUGAGCUACCAGCCGAAGAAAUAA